UUCCCCUUCCCCUUCCCCUUACCUUUCCGACCACCCCCUUCACCCUUUUCCGACCAACCCUCCCCUUCCUUUCUCCCAUACCCACCUAAAACCGGCAACCCUGAAAUCUCAAAACUUUAACCACCCUUGAAACCCCGAAACCACCCCCCUGAAUCCGACCAUCAUUUGCGACCCACACAACAAAGCCACCCCCUCAACCAACCACCACCAACAACCCACAAUCGGCCACCCUGCCUCCCCUUCAACCCACCACCAACAAUGACGACCCACAAUCGGCCACCCCUCAACUUACCAUUGUUUGCGUUUUCCGGCAAUUGGAGGAGAAAGAAAGUGAGGGGGCUGCAUUUUUGGUGGUUUUGGGGGUUGGAGAAGUGGUUUCGAAGGUGAGGGUUGUUGUUACAGGUGGUAUCGGGGGUUAUGGGUGGCGGUUUCAAGGUCGUGGGCUUUGGUUAUGGUGGUUUCGGGUUUUAUGGGUGGCGGUUUCAAGGCAAGGGUUUUGGCUAUGGCUAGUUCAGGGGAUGGGGGAAGGCACAGUGGGCCGGUUUCGCGGUGGUAGGGCGAACCUGGGGAGGUUUUGGGGACUGGGGCUACGGAGAUGGUGCUUUUGGCUUCUUUACGUUGACGCUGCAUCCACCAACCCCUCUCCUUCUUCUCUCCUCCAUUAAAGCGCACUCUGAAUUCUCCAUUGAAGCAGCUUCUGAGCUUUCUCUCCUCCAUUAAAGCAGCUUCUCAGUUGCACUGAGGAGGGAGGUUUGAAUUUUGAAGAUGGAAGUUGGCAAGCCCCUUAAAACUGAAAUUGAGUUAAAGCACCGUCCUUUGACACCUUUUAGGAUUUUGAGGGGUUUAAUAUGCUUGACGGUCAUUCUUUCAACUGCUUUUAUGUUCUUAGUGUUCUUUGCACCUCUGGUAGCAGGCUUGUUACGGGUCUGCAGUAUCCAUUACAGUAGGAAAGUUGCAGCCUUUUUCUUUGGUCUUUGGUUGGCAUUAUGGCCUUUUCUAUUUGAGAAGAUAAACAAAACCAAUCUUUUUUUCUCUGGAGAAAACGUUCCUGCUGGGGAGCGUGUUUUGCUUAUUGCCAAUCACAGAACUGAGAUUGAUUGGAUGUACUUAUGGGAUCUCGCACUGAGGAAAGGACGUCUUGGCUACAUCAAGUACAUCCUUAAAAAUAGUUUAAUGAAACUUCCAAUAUUUGGCUGGGCAUUUAAUGUAUUUGAGUUCAUACCUCUAGAAAGGAAGUGGGAGACUGAUGAACCGAUCAUGCACCAAAUGCUACUGACAUUUACUAGCCAUCAGGAUCCCUUGUGGCUUGCUCUGUUCCCUGAAGGAACUGAUUUUACUGAACAGAAAUGUACAAGUAGUCAGAACUUCGCCUCUCAAAAUGGUCUUCCUGUUCUGAAGAAUGUUUUGCUUCCUAAAACAAAAGGUUUCUGUGCUUGUCUGGACACUUUAAGGAGUUCCUUAGACGCAGUUUAUGAUGUGACUAUUGCAUACAAGAACAGUUGUCCUGAUUUAAUGGACAAUGUAUUUGGAGUAGAUCCCUCAGAAGUCCAUGUUAAUAUUCGGCGCAUUCCAUUAAAGCAAAUUCCAGUACCUGAAGAGGAGGCUUCUGCUUGGUUGAUGGAUGCAUUUCGGCGCAAGGAUCAGUUGCUUACAUACUUCAACACCAAAGGACAUUUUCCAAACCAGAGAACCGAAGCAGAACUGUCAACUGCUAAGUGCUUGAUAAAUUGUACCCUGGUAAUCGCAUUGACUGGUAUUUUUACAUAUUUUGCCUUUGUUUCUACGUGGGUAAGAGUUUACAUAGCCUUAAGUUGUGUAUAUCUUUCUUCCGUUACUUAUUUUAACUUUCGACCGUUGCCACUAUUGGACUUUAUAAAGCCACGGCUAUGUAGAGACUAUUGUAAAAAAUGAAGAAUAUUAGAAAAAAAAAAAUUGAAAUUUUUUCCAUAAAAUUUGAGUUUGUA